UCGAGUUUGAUUAUUGGUUUAUUUUUUUUUUAGAAUCAAGUCUAUUCCUCUUAAAUAUUAAUAAAAUAUAUUUUUUUGAAAAUGGCAGAUGCAGAAUCAAUUCAAAGCAACAGUGCCAAUAUCGGAGCAGAUGAAACAACUGGAGUUCAGAAGAAUCCAACAAAUGGAGCUUUACCUGCCAAAAUUGAUAUUUUACUAAACGCUACAGGUAACGUUCCCAUAAUGAAAAAAAGGCGAUGGGCGGUGGAUCAAGAGAAGCCUAUAUGUUGGAUCCAAAAGUUCGUUCAUAAAUACCUUAAACUUGAUCCCGAAGAAAAAAUAUUUUUAUACGUCAACCAAACUUUUGCUCCUUCUCCUGAUCAACUAGUCAAAAAUUUGUACGAGUGUCAUGGGACUAACGGAAAAUUAGUGUUAUACUAUUGUAAAAAUCAGGCGUGGGGCUAAAAAUAUAUCUUACUUUGAUUUUAAUGUAUAUGUUGGAUUAUUUGAACCCAGAUUAUUGAAUUUGUUGCUUAAAAUUGCUUAUGCUAGUAUUAUCUAUAUAUCUAUAGUAUAUAUGUAUAUCUAAAUUAAAAUAUUGUAAAAACGCUAAUUAAAAUUAAAA